UGCUCGGCUGAACACGUGGUUCCGUGUCUGCUUGUCUGUCAGUGUGUGAAGGUUUCCAGCCCUGCUCUUACUCCUCUCCCCGUCUGUCCUCCCGUGCAGCUCAGCAGAUCUUCUCCUCACUUUACACCGUCCCUCCUUCACCUCCUCCUCCUCCUCCUGCUGCACUUCUCCUCUUUGCGACGGCUCCCGGGACUGCCGACAGCCAGGCCGCGGUCACUUCAACGUGUCUCCGCUCAGAGAGAGUGUGUGUGAAAGUGUGAGUGUGAGUGUGAGUGUGUGUGUGUGAGUGUGUGUGUGAGACAGAGAGUGUGUGUGAGUGCGUGUGCGCGCACCCGCCCGCAACCGGUCCAUCCGUAAGAUUUCUCCUCACAAUCCCGCCUCGUUGUUCGGUCAUGACGCUGGAAGCGAUCCGCUACCGGGCCGGGUCUCUGCAGAUCCUCAACCAGCUGCUGCUGCCACACCAGACCGCUUACGAUGAGAUCCGCUCCGUGCAGGACGCUUACGAGGCCAUCAAGUCCAUGAAGGUGCGGGGUGCCCCGGCCAUCGCCAUCGUGGGCUGCCUCAGCCUGGCGGUAGAGUUGCGGGCAGGUGCCGGCGGUGAUGACCCUGUGACCUUCAUCAGGGAGUCUCUGUGUCACCUGACUUCAGCUAGGCCCACCGCCGUCAACAUGGGCCGGGCCGCCCGCGAGCUGAUGGAGUUUGCUGAGAACGAGAGCAUGGAGAAGAACUCGGAGCAGCUCAGAGAAAGUGUAAUUGCCUGGAUCGAAGACAUGCUGGAGCGUGACGUCAAUGACAACAGGAAGAUCGGUAACUAUGGCGCCCAGCACAUCCUGUCUGGCGUUCCUAGGGACUCUGUGACCAUCCUCACACACUGCAACACCGGCUCGCUGGCCACAGCUGGAUACGGGACCGCGCUCGGCGUGGUGCGAAGCCUGCACGGGUUGGGCAGGCUGAAGCGUGUGUACUGCACAGAGACGAGGCCGUACAACCAGGGGUCCAGACUGACGGCGUAUGAGGCGGUAGCAGAGGGAAUCCCUGCUACGCUCAUCACAGACAGCAUGGCGGCCCUCACCAUGAGAGAAAUGGACAUCACAGCUGUAGUGGUGGGUGCAGACAGGGUGGUCGCCAACGGUGACACAGCCAACAAGGUGGGCACAUACCAGCUGGCCAUUGCUGCAAAGCACCAUGGGAUUCCCUUCUAUGUGGCUGCACCCAGCACGUCAUGCGACUUGAGCCUGGAGAGCGGCAGGGACAUCAUCAUCGAAGUGCGCCCCCCUGAGGAACUCACCAGUAUAAACGGUGUUCCCAUUGCUGCCCCGGGUAUCGAGGUGUGGAACCCGGCGUUCGACGUGACCCCUCACCAGCUCAUCACAGGAGGCAUCAUCACAGAGCUGGGAGUCUUCCUCCCCUCUGAGCUCCAGGCGGCGCUCACCGGCCGCCUCACCGCCCUCUAGAGCCACUCAGCCCUGCCUGCUGGUCCGUGUGCACCACUGCACCUUAACGUCACACACUCAAAGACACUCUCAUUCCAUCACAGAACACACACACACACACACACACACACUGUCAUAGUUGUGGUUUGAUUUUGUUUUGGUCAGCGCACAGUCACUGUUACAUGUCAGUGGUGCACACACAAGAAAAAAAAUGUUCUUUAGUCUCCUUCUCACCCACACCCACACACACACACACACACACACACACACACACACACAGACUCACACAUUUUCACUGCAGGGAGUCGAGCAGACACACACGUGCAGUCUCCCCUUUUUUUUUUGGUCCCUCUUUGUUUUCUGUGGUCUAACCAUUUCACUGUUUACAAAGUUUUCCAUUCCAUCUUUCAUUGUCUCUUGCUGCCCCUUUCUCGUUUUAAACAGCUUUCUUCGAGAACUGAUAGCGCUCAGCUGGCCUCAAUCGCAUCAAUUCUAUUUGGCAAAAACAAUUAUGAGGUAAUUUUCAGGCCUUCUUCAACUACAAACAAAAGAAACUUCCAAAAUGUGCAACAGGCAUACUUUUUUAAAAUAUCAAAGUAGUGUUUUUUUUAAUCAGCCAUGGUUUCUAAAAUGCUGCUACCCACUUGUAAAUAUACAUAAUCUUGCUGGUAGUGUGUACAUAUGUAGAAAACUAACCCCUGCUAGUAAAAGGUACUGCUAUUGUAACCAAAUAUGUGGUUAUUUGAAAUUAAAUCUGACAUAAAAAAUGUUAUAUUAACAUUUAAUUUCUUUUGUUCUGCAUAGAAACCUUUUGUAGUGGAAUAAUUCAAAUUUGUAGCUCAUAAAUUUUCACAAAAAGGUUUUUAGGGAUAUGAAAAAUCGUGUUUCACUCUCACUUUUUACCAUGUGCGGCAAAAUUUGGAAUCUAGUGAUUGUUCCUCAUUAGUCAGCUGAGGCCUAUGACAAAACAUGGCUGUGUUUAUACCUCACUCCUUGUUUGUAUCUUCUUAUUCGCAGUCAUAUUGUAUCAUACCACACUUGUACUCUCAUAAUGUACUUAUAUAUAUGUAACCAUACUUAUUUCAGCACCAUACAAAUACUCACCAUACUGCACAGGACGCUCUGUAAGAAUGAAUAUUCUAAAAAAAAAAAAAAAAGAAAGGGGGAAAUUGUGUCAUUUUUGCCAUAGCAGCUUUUGCUGUGAUCUCGGAGGUGUGUUACGCUGUUGUAUUUCUGUAAUACAGGCAUCACCAUUAAAGGAAUAGUUCACCCCAAAA